AUGAAUCGGACACUUGUUGAUGCUCUCUUUUGUCAGCUCGAAUACCGUCCGAUCCCUAUGACCGAGGGAUCAACCACAUCGGAUGUGUCGGAACCCCAAACACAGAACAGUGUACCGCAGGCUAGGAAAAGCACUCUGCAACCCAAAGUUAAGUCGUUCUCACAAGCUAGAGUAAAGUGCAGUCAACGAAGUGUACGGCGGCAGGGGGCAGCAGGGCACACAUAUCAGCCGCAAACUAAGGGAGACAAUGACAAAGACGGAUUGCUAAGUCCGUGGAAUACUCAUGCCCCGCUUGAAACUAAAGAGCGAAAAAGGAAGGGGUUCAGCAAACGUGUCCAAGUGUGGGAAGUUAGGUGGAGUUUGAGAAGCCUGCAAUUGACUCUAGUAUCUGGACGAAUGUGUUUGGUUUUGGGUUGCCAUGACAUGAGUUGGUGUUAG